UCAAGCGACAGACGACCGGGCGUGAAUUUAUCGUCUGAUCGCACUGUGAGGUCGAGGUGUUUGUUGGUAAAGGAGUUGCAGUACCUGAAGUGGAAUGUCGACCGCGUCACAGAAGUCGUCGGAGGAUGGUCGAGAAGAAGGUCGGACGCCAGCUAAGCCAGUCCGAGUAGUGAAAAAAUCACGAGCGGUAACGGCCGGUUUCAUCAUUGUCAUGGUAUGCGGCGCAAUUCUAGUCGUGAUGGCGCUUCUAGUGGGAGUUUACUUAGGGGAUGUGCUAGCAUUCCGCGCCGUCAAUUCUACUACACAAACGCAAAUAGCUAGUGCAACGUCGACAGUAAUAAGCUAUGCGACAUCGAAUGUUGAAGAUAUCUCUUCAAUAAACGAAACAGAAAUAACGCGAGAGUCAUCAACACCAGCAGAAUAUGCAUUUCAACAUACAUCUUCAAUAAGCGCUGCACAGCUUUUUUCAAAGGUUCGAAGCACAAGAGGUUUUCAAACGAGCAUCUCGACUUCUUUUUCAACAAAUCGAUCUCAUGAUGUUAUACCAAAGAGUGUGCAUUCCUCUCCGGGUAGUCUGAGAUCCUACACAGCAGGAAGCGAUCAUACAUUUCGUUCAACCAAGUCCCACAAAUCUUUAAGAAAAAGCUUAAGAAACCUUCAACCGACGGCGUAAGGCCUCCUCAAACCCAAGUAAGCAUAAGCCUGCUCUAAACCAACGGUAAGCACAACAACACAACCUCUUGAAGAGAUGUACAAUGACUACUUGACGCGAAGUUGAUUAUGUACAUUAGAAAACGACUUUGACUCGCCUGACAAAAAAGGGAGAGGAUAUCGUUUGUGAAAGCACCUGAGAUAGUUGGCUGGAUUUUCCGUGAAUCCGUCCUGAUGGAUUUGUAUUUUUAACUUCUUCAACCAGUUUAGCAUAAACUUUCAAAAAACUGGAAUCUUGCCUUUUUUUGUGUUCAGUCUAAGUGCUGUUAAAAAAAGAGAUU